ACUUCCAAUAACUGGCGUUCUGGCCUCAGUGUUGCUGAAUGUAACCGAUAUAUGCUGAAAAAAGAAAUCCAUUGUGAUGUCACAUUUAGAGUGGGAAAAGAAGAAAAGCUUAUUCACGCUCAUAAGUAUGUUCUAGCGAGUAGAAGUCCCGUGUUUGACGCCAUGUUGUAUGGAGACCUAGCAGAAGCUAAGGAAAUUAAAAUUCCAGACAUUGAGUCAUCUGCAUUCCAUGUUCUUUUACGAUUUCUGUAUUGUGGUGAUGUUGAUGUUACUGAGGACACAGUCAUUGGGGCCUUGUACGCUGCUGAAAAAUACGAUGCUGAGGAAUUGAAAAAAGCUUCGAAAUUAUAUUUAGAUCAAAAUAUCACAACAGAAACUGUAUGUUCAAUCAUUGAAUCUGCAAAGUUGUUCAACUUUGAAAAUCUGACAGAAAAGUGUAUGGAUUUCAUUGAAGAAAACUGUGAUUCAGUUUUUCAAUCACCCUCUGCCUUAGGACUAAUGAAAGAAACCCUCAGCGAGAUAGUCUCCUCAGAGAACUUAAAUAUAGAGGAACUGGGAAUUUAUCACUUUCUAAUAAAAUGGGCUGAAAAUCAAUGUGAAAGAAAACAUAUGGAGAAGUCUGAUGAAAAUAUUAGAAAAGAGAUAGGGGAUAUUAUAUACCACGUUCGUUUUCAGUCAUUGACUUUAGAAACAUUUGUAAAAGAUGUUUGCAGACGGCGAAUACUUACUUCUGAAGAUAUGUUCAAUUUGCAGCAAAUUAUUGUUGGUAAUCUAAACAUGGGAAACACAAAAUUCAAUCUUGAAGAGCGGAGGUAUAAAACGUUCACUGUUUUUCGUGGCAGUGGGUCGAAGGCUGGCUGGGGUUAUUCGGGUACCGAGGACAGUUUAGAAUUUACCGUGAACAGAAAUGUUAAACUUCAUGGUUUUCUGAUGUGGGGAGGGAGGUCGGUUCCGUAUACAUACACGGUUGUGGGCAAAGUGCUUGAAAACUCGACUGAAGUCGGAGACAUACCUUCUCAGGUAAUAGAGAAAACCGAUUCUUUGGAUUAUCAGUUUGAAAUUAAAUUGAGGAAACCCGUGGUUUUAUUUCCUAAUAAAAGAUACAGAGUUUGGGUUAAAUUACAAGGACCUAGCAGCUGGAACGGCAGAACAUACAAACAGUCCGUCAACGGACGGGGUGUCCAGAUAAAUUUUUAUACGCAUAGAGGGAUGAAUAAUUCGACUUCGGAUACUGAUGGACAGUUUCCGGGAUUAAUCCUGUCAUUGUAAUGAGGUGAUAUACGUUAAUUCCGUGGCCACAUCAAACUAAUAAUAUCUGUUCGUAUAUAUAGCAUAUAAACUGUUUAUUUUUGGAUGAAAAAUCAACACAGACUUAUAUUUGAUUCAUUAUAUUGUUUUCACUACUUUUGCUCU